CUGCGCAUCCAGUCGCAUCCGGAGCGCAGCGCAGGGGAGUUGCCUCUGCGCCGCCGACAGCCGACACACGCAGCCUCCUCCCCCACUGACGCCGCACUGCUCUGCCGGGAGAAACGACACCGACUCUCCGCUUCCAACGGAUUUUUUUUUUUUUUUUAAAAAAAAGAAAGCCUCUCUAUCCGCCGGGGUGCUCAUCGAACCGACCAGCUCGUCCUGACGCAGUAGCAUCAUGGAGGAGUUAGACGUCCCACAGAUGAGGAGAGAAGUGGAGAGCCUUCAGUAUCAGCUGGCAAUCAACAGAGAGAAAUCCUCCAUCACUGUUACCGAGCUGGUGAAGUGGAUCGAGGGUUGCGUUUGUGAAGAUCCAUUUCUGAACCCCGAGCUGAUGAGAGCUAACCCCUGGGUGGAGAAGGGCAAGUGUGUGAUCCUCUAAUGAUCACACACAUGCACACACACACGGAUACACACACAAUCACGGAUGCAUCCAAACUAAAGAAUCAUGCACUCCUAAACGGUCACACUGCACUAUGUCAUACUCUCUCUCUCACACACUUUAUUGCUAUGAUCAUGUUUGUUAUUUAUUGAUUUGGAGACUCCUGAAUGCUGUUACUUUACGUGGAGACAAGUGUGUGUGUGUGUGAGUUGUACAGCACCGAGUAGCUUUCUAGAGGUUUGUUUUGACGGACUGCCGAACAAAUGUUCAACGACACCCUUUUUAUUGGCUCUUUACACUGUCAAUCCAAAUAAAGACUGUUUUGAAUUUAA